AUGACUUCAAUACCACGACAGAAGCGCAUGGCCCCAGAACCUAGUGCUGGCAUCAAUGGACUCAUCGCAGCAUGUAAUAAGAACGACCGUUUUCAACUCCUGGAAAAUGACCGGGUUCUUCCAGGAAACUUGGAUAAUCCUGUCCACCCUGUUUUCUCUAGGCUGGGCUGCGACGGACCCAUGAAGCAGAUGCUGCAGCUCGCAUCACAUUUUCUUUUUCACGACACGCUCCUUACUUUCUUCGUUCCGCUGCUAUACGGCCGCGAACUGACAGGCGUUGUGGGCGGAAAAUGCAAGACGUAUCUUUCUGACCCUGUAGCCAAUGCGUCGGCAGAAAAGCAUCAACGAUACUUAUCUAGCGUGCGCGAUGCUCUGAACUGUCUCAGCCACAGCCUCUCAUUUUAUUUCCGGCCACCUGCAAAGCGGGUGUAUGCUCGCACGCUGCUCGAUGACGAAAGACCUACUCAUAAUUCAACCUGCUGCCCCGCGUUCCAGCGCAAGCACUCUUGUACGAUUGAGUUGUCGGACCAUUUUCAAAACUACUAUAAGAGUGGUGAGUAUGCUGCGGCAUCUCGUUGCGCACAAUUUCGGCACGAUUUUCUCUUCGCCACUACGCUCGUACAUGAGAUUGUCCAUGCCGUUGGUGUGUUACGACGAGGCAAUCUGAACGAGCCACAUAUUCGAGCCGAUUGCCCUGAGACGGAAUGGGGGUAUGGCUGGGAGCACUUCAUGUUUGGUUGUGUGAUUAACCCACAGGAUAAAACAGUGUCUGGGACACAUCUCUUGAUGCGCAAAGCAUGGGGGGAUGCAAAGUUGGCUGAGAUCGCGGGAGGCAAGGAAUAUUCCGACGUCUCCAUGUCUUACAUUGCGCAGUGGUUCCGCGAAGAAACAUGGGAUCUUGUAAACAAGCAAGGACCGACGGCAAUCGCUGCCCCUAUCGCCCAUUUUAAAAUCCAAUCUUCAAACAAGCUCGGCGCCUGGGUGGUUGUAAGUGACCAUCCAGAAGUCAGGAAGGACUUGGUUUAUCUCAAUCUACAAUGGCAAUGGCAAGCCAUGAAACCAAAUCCCGUGUCAAGAUCUCCAAAGCUGUCGCACAUUCGCCGGCGGGCUUCGAAGAUUCUCUGGAAAUGCGUAACUACUAAGCAGCUACAAAAAGACAACGUGUCGAUACCGGCGCGCACAUCGCAGAGGUUCCGAUAUUCUCAGAGAGCAGACCAAUAUGUUGUAAGCCCCAGCGGACAAUUCUUACAUGCGAACAGAAAAAUACAAUAA